UUUAUCGCAAUUAUUGUGUAAUAUUUAAAAACAAUUGAUGUUUGCAUUUGUUGUCAACAUUUAGUUAAAUUUAGUUUAGUUUGUCAUCCAAUUAACUGGUGAUUGUUGUGGUUGUCGAUGAUGUCCUCCAAAGUGUUUGUCAUAUCAGGUUUGGAUGCAAAACAAAGUUUGCCGACAUUGACAUGGAUUACAGUGAAUACCAUCAAUGAAGACAAUGAUGAUAACAGUGAUAAUGACAAGAAAGUAUAUCUAAUGGAUGAAAAUGGAUGUCAACUCUUUGAAUGCGUCCGACAAAGCAAUCCAUUGCAGUCAUUCUUUGUCAACAAUGAUGUCAUUUCAGAUGGUGAUUAUUAUGUGAUAACUCCAAUCGAUAUACUCUUCAUUUUAUUGCCAUUUCUUAUGAAAAAACAACAAUAUUAUCACUCGUUGUUUGAGAUAAUGAGUGAUAUCUUUGAGAAACCCGUUUUGGAUAAAAUUAUCAACAAUUCGUCCAUCAAUAAGAAUAUUGAUGGCAUUGCAGACAUCAAACACGAUUGCGAUGAGGUCUAUGUCCGAUAUAAUGGUCAGAAAACUAUGGACUACUUGUCGGCAAAAACAGAUAAGACUGUCGAUGCACUCAUCGAUAAUAAUGUAAAUGUUUCAUACAGUGGAUGCAAAGUCAGCGGAUAUAAGACAGGCAAAGAAGACCCAAACCAAGAGAAAGUUGAAUACAAGCAAAUGGCAUUUGAAUUAAUAUCUCAAUACCUAAGCGACGAUAUCGUCAAUGAAUUGAGAAAUUAUUUGAGAUUGCCAUCACAUUCAAGUGAAUCAACUCAAUCACCACAAGAUAUGACUAAAAUCAAAAGAAAAGCAAACGAAAAUGAAAGUUGUGGUCCUUUGGAGGACUAUUCCUCAUACAAACAAUUGAAUACUUCGGCACCAAAUGCAAAGCGCACAAAAAUGUCGCGAUCACAACGGGAACUGUUAAAAGUCGAUAAAACAGGAAUGAAGUCUAUCUCCAGUUUCUUUAAACCAAAAUAAUUAUAUUAAACAAUUGUUUGAUUCAUU